GCAUGCCGGGAUAUAUCGCGCUCUUGUUUACAAGAUGGUAGGAGAGGAUAUUUAGCUUUGACUUACGGACUAAAAACAUUAGGGCUUCCUAACGUCGUCACACUUGAAGAUUAUUUAGGCUACGUGUCGUUGAAUAAACUGAAGACGUUUUAAACGAAGCGGACUGAAUGUCGCCACAGCAGCGGCUCUCACGCUGACAGACAUUAGAUCUUUUUUUGCACUGUCACUGACAGACAGACCUGCUCAAAUCACAGAGUACUGUAAAGUUGGGCCUGCAGGAGGAUACCUGAAUCCAGCUGAAUGAACAGAGCGGCUGCAAAACAUCUAAUUGAGCGCUACUUUCGGCAGUUAACCGAAGGCUGUGGAAAUGGCGACUGCACAAAUGAGUUUUGCGCAUCAUGUUGUGCUUUUCAACCUUUGGAUAACAAUUCAGCAGCUGCCAAAGCACUUGAGCUGUUUAAGAUUAAUGCCAAACUCUGCAAUCUUCACCCUUCCAAGAAACAAUCUGACACCUCACGUUCAGACUCCAGUGCCAACGAAAACACUCACCUGGACAACAAGAUGAGUGAUGCGGACUACUUUACCCAAAAAGAGGACUUCUCAGAUGUUCAUUACCUCACAGAGAACACUGUAUGUAUGAUCCUGAGUUUCUGCGAGGAGGAAGGCGACUACUCAGCUCUCGUGCAUGUCAUCGGCAGGGUUUUCUCCAGCACAGAGGCGCUGAUGAAGAGCUUCAGGAGGGAUGAACCCACCACUAGUGAACCUCUUGACUCAGAUGUGGGCAAGCAUGAGAAACAGAGUGAGCAAACUUCAGACCAGAUGGGUGCUUCUUCUGUAGCUGCUUUACCAGACGGAGGUCCUAAUGAAAUGUUCGACCCUUGUGAGGUUACUGUGGACAUCUGCUCGGUGAGGAGAGUCUAUGACAGACUUCUAGCCAUCGAUCAGGUGGAAGCGGCCCUCGUAAAUGCGCUAAUUUUCCUCACUCCAAAUGUGGAACUUGACCUGGAAUACCUUGAUGUAUAUGAAACAAACCCAGAUUACCUGAAUAUCUUCAUCAUCAUGAUGGAGAACAGUAACCUCCACAGCCCAGAGUACCUGGAAGUGGCAUUGCCGCAGUUCUGCAAAGCGAUGUGCAAACUGCCAGUGACUGCGCUCGCCAGGCUGUCAAAGCUGUGGUCCAUGUAUGGCCUCCCACACAUCCGCCGUAUGAUGGAGACCUUCCAGCAGCUCAUCACUUUUACAGUUGUCAGCAAUGAAUAUGACAGCGAAAAUCUGGUAAAUGAUGAUGAGACAGUGGUGGCUGCCACCCAGUGUUUAAAAGUUGUCUUCUACGCAAGUAUUCAGGGUGGUGAUGUGGAUGUUGGGCACAGUGAGGACGACGAGGACGAUGAGGAGUCAGAUGAGCUCACCCUGCAUGAGCUGCUAGGUGAGGAGCAGCUCUAUAAGAAGGGUCCCCGAGUUGAUCCUCUGGAGAAGGAACUGAGUGUUAGACCUAUAGAUAGCAUAAAACCUCUCAUCCCCUUUGAAGAUUUUAUUAACGAGUCACUGAAUGAAGUGCUGGAGAUGGACAAGGACUUCACCUUCUUUAAGGUUAAUGCUGAAACCAAGUUUUCUUUCCAGAGCUGCCCUUUCAUCCUCAGUGUCAUCACCAAGAACCAAGGCCUUUACUACGACAACAGAAUCAGGAUGUACAGUGAGCGGCGCCUCACAGCCCUCUAUAGCAUGGUCCAGGGUCAGGAGCCCAACCCUUAUCUCAAGCUCAGAGUACGCAGAGAUCACAUCAUCGAUGACGCCCUCGUACGACUGGAGAUGAUCUCCAUGGAGAACCCAUCUGACCUGAAGAAGCAGCUGUUUGUGGAGUUUGAGGGGGAACAAGGUGUAGAUGAGGGAGGGGUUUCAAAGGAGUUCUUUCAGUUGGUCUUGGAGGAAAUUUUCAAUCCCGACAUAGGAAUGUUCACCUAUGAUGACGAGACAAAACUGUUUUGGUUCAAUUCAUCCUCCCUGGAGAAUGAAGCACAGUACACUCUCGUUGGACUCGUCCUGGGUCUUGCCAUUUACAACAACUGUAUCCUGGACGUACAUUUUCCCAUGGUUGUCUACAGGAAACUCCUGGGCAAGAAAGGGACCUUCUUGGACCUUUCAGACUCACAUCCGGAUCUCUACCAGAGUCUGAAGCAGUUGCUUGAAUAUACCGGUAAUGUAGAGGAAGACAUGGCGCUCACCUUCCAGAUAUCACACACAGACCUCUUUGGAAGCCCGGUCUUAUAUGACUUAAAGGAGCAGGGAGAGCAGAUCCCUGUUACUCAGGAGAAUAGACAGGAGUUUAUUGACCUGUAUACUGACUACAUACUGAACAAGAGUGUGGAGAGACAAUUCAAAGCCUUCAAAAAAGGUUUCCUAAUGGUCACAAAUGAGUCCCCGCUGAAGUAUUUGUUUAGACCUGAGGAAGUAGAGCUGCUUAUAUGUGGAAGCAGGAAACUUGACUUUGAAGCACUUGAAAAGACAACGGAAUACGAUGGAGGUUAUAGCAAAGACAGCCAAAUCAUCAAAGAUUUCUGGGAAACAGUCCACUCAUUUGGAGAGGAGCAGAAGCGGUUGUUUCUUCAGUUUACCACAGGGACAGACAGAGCACCAGUCGGCGGGCUCGGCAAAUUAAAGAUGAUCAUCGCAAAGAACGGCUCAGACACAGACAGGUUGCCAACCUCCCACACCUGCUUCAAUGCACUGCUGCUCCCAGAGUACUCCUCUAAGGAAAAACUGAGAGAACGACUCCUCAAGGCCAUCACUUAUGCCAAAGGAUUUGGGAUGCUGUGACAGAUCCACAAAGAAAGUUUUUUGACUCUAUUUUAACAGGGAGUUUCACAGAAAUACAAAGGGAAAUGACAUACAACAAAAUGCUGCAAUAACCCUGUGCCUAAUCAGCCCUUACCGGUCACACUCCACUGACGGCCUUUCACUCUGAGGUCUGUCCUCCUCUGAGAGCUACUUUCAUAUACGGUGCAUUAGAUUACCCAAAGAGUUUACCAUGGCACUUCCAUCAUUUUGUGUGUUUUUGUUUCUGGGCAAACACAAACAGUAUUUGAUUUGUGAAACUGUGAAAGUGCACUUAUACACAGCGGUUUAGUGAAUGCCAGCACAUACAGUAUAUUUAUUGACCUAGUUUGAAUUUUUCAUGUUUUUUUUAGUUCCAUAUGGUAUAGCAGUAUUCUGUCCUCGGGCUCUCUUCCCACAGUGGACAGAGCAUAAUGGUGCUUCCUGGUUACGACUGUCAUUGUAGUAUACCGAGGUGAAGCCUUUUUCUCUGUAAUGCUGCUAACCCUGUGUGAGAGCAAACUCAACACUAACCUGAAGGUUAUUUUAAGCUAUUUCUCUUUUGUGCCUGUUUUAUUACUUAGAAGUUGAACACUGUGUGUCAUCAAGCAGAGACCCUGACCAGAUAAUUUCAAUUGCUAGCAUAGUCGUAAAAAGUACUUGCUCACUGGUCAGUUCAGAUUUUCACAUUCUGAAGUGAAGUAUUUCUCUUCCCUUGGUUUAUUUGCCAUUAAGUGUUUCUGAUUGCACUGAGUGCAAUUUCCAAAUGUGCGAUGCCCAUAUAAAGAAAAGAGUCACAUGAAAUGCUUAAUUUGGCCAAAUAUCUCAGGUAUAUAAAGAAUGUGCAGAUAAUGUGAAGCUCUAAUGUAAAUCAACUAUUAUGCAAAGUGAAUAAAGGUGAAAAAUUUUAUCAAAUUUGUCA